AGCUAGUAGGAAACCUGGACGCCACUAUCAGCGCUCAUCUGGAAAUGACUCAGCACAUUAUCAAGAGGGACCCUUUGGACAAGGCUGGGGCCACCCGCAGCAACAGGUUGACCACUCCGGUUAAAAAUAACAUGCUACUCUUGCACGGUCAAAUGCUCAGACCGGCCACUAAAAAUGGACACCAUUCAAAAACACCUGGUCUCCAUCUGUCAGCCACACAUGUGAAGAAGGAAGUGGGUCAGUUCACGGCCUCUACUCCGGAGGCCACAAACUUGAUGCACCUCAAGGAGAGUUGUGAAGGUUUAAAGAAGGAAGAGAAGAAUCGGUCAGUCUGGUUUCCUCUGAAACUGGCACCGCUGGAGCUACCACAAGAUAUCAGAGAAGCCCAGACACUCAAGCUUCAGUUUGUCCAGGAGGAGAUCAUACCUCAAGCCCAAAUAGAAGUAAAAACGAACAAGUUCAGCUCAAGAACAUCCAGUGAGAGGCACAAACUCGAUCCUUUCAAAGGUUCCCAGCAAAAGAACCGAGCCUCCAUGUUCCAGCCUGCGCACUUGGACACUGAUCUGGCUGGAGACAGAGGACUAAAAGAUAUGGUGUGUCAUGGCACUCGGGCGCAGAUACUCAACAAACCAACCCCUUGUGUGCAUGCGUCUAGCCCAAAGUACCUCGAUGACUUCAGACCCCUACAGCUGGAGCCAAUGAGUAGGCGUGUGUUGCUAAGAAGAACACAAUGUAUAGAAGAUGAUGAGUUUAUUUAAAGCUCUUCUUCUUGAUAAGAACUGUAAGUGGUUGAAUAAGUAUGUAUGUCUAAAUUUCCUACUCUAAUAAUAAUACUGAUAAUACAUCAUGAAUCAUUGUAAACAUAUUCUCAUUUCUCAGUUUUCCUAUGACCUUAUUGUUUUUGCAAUACUGACUUUUAUAUAUGCAAUAAGUGCACACGAAUAUGAAGCUAAUUUUCCAUAAAGGGUCAUUACUCCUCCAUAUUUGAAUUAUCUAGACAAUUAUUGUUUUUGUCCCGCAAUUCCUAAGAAAAUGUAUGUGAUUAAGAUAUAUAUUCAUCCAAAAAGAGCAAUUUAUAGCUCAUACUCUUUCACCAACCCAAGUCCUGCAAAAGUAGAGAAGUCAGGUCAAAAGCUGAAAAUGGUUAGAAAUGGUUCUUUAACUGAAGAAACUAGCUCAGUCAUAGGAGCGAUAAGAGCUAUGUACUUAAUACUUAGUAUAGUUAUGCUCAUGAAAAUGCUAAGACUACUUGUACUGUAGUUAGUGUAGGACAAGUAUGAGACUUGAGAAGUUGUGAUAUUAAUGGAUGGUGGAUGGAUGCCUGACAGUAGGCUGCAGUUGCUCGGCUACAAAACCAAUCUUGGCAUCUAGUUAAUGCUGCCAACUCCACGGCAUGCAAUGUGCUUAAAAUCCAAUUAAACAAUGAAUGACAACUGUCUUGGCUCUUAUGUUUGGGGAUAUUUACGAUUGGGGAAGUUAUUUAGGAACAAGUUCCGUCAGAGGUAAAAGUCUGGACUGUUUCAGAUACCUGUGGGCCAGUUGUUGACCUUGAAACCAAAAAAUAUAUGUCAGGAAGAUUCAUACAUUCCAUAAACAUUUCAUCCUUUAUUUUUAAAAUCUCAAUAAAAACAGAAAUAUUAAAUGUAUCAAACUCCUGGCUACGCCUGGACCCCCCGGCUGCCAGCUACAAUACAACUGGAAAUAGUGUUUGUUUCAGAAAGACAUGGACACCAACUCUUCCAGUAGUCUUCUAGAAUAUCAGCCUCUUUACAGCUUUGCAGAAGAAUCUGGUUUCCAAACAUGUGAUGACAGCUGCAGGACUGGUU